UUUGUGAACCCUAUAUUCUCCUUUGAGAAUCCAGCGGCUGCGCGAAGAUUCAUCCGCAACCAAUCGGAAGCAACGACGGAAUCCCCUUCCUUUCUGCAUCCCAAACCUCCGGUUUUAAGGGAGCAAAGGCAUGGACGCGAUGCACUGUUUCAUGUGCGCUCUUCGAAGCCAAACCUCGGUCUUCUUUAUGUUCUUCGAAUAGUUGGACACAUUUCCUUAAGGGAAAAUUUUAUCUCCGAGGUAAAUUACAGUUUCAUUCAUGACAAAGGGAGGUUCUAAGAAAAAUUUGAGGACCAUUACGAUUCUACCAGCAGAAUCACCGAGCAGCUGUGAAUGCUUUAAUUUAAUAUCUCUGCAGCUGCACUGUCAUAUCAUGAACUGCCAUUAAAACAUUGUUGGAUCCCUUGUUUAAUAACAAAGGGGAAUCAUCCAUAUAAUUCGAUAUGGCAGGCACACUGAAUGUGGUUAGAUUUGGAGGUGUCUCAAAUGCGAGCCAUGUUGGAAACACUUCAACACCAACCUGUCAUCCAGCUCAGAUGACGGAAGCUGUUGUCCUUUUCUCACUCGCUGUUCUAGGGAUGGGAGCCAACUUCUUCUUGAUGUUAUUGAUUAUAAUGAAAAAGCCGCUGAGGAGGUGGUCCCAAGGCCUGUUGUUCCAUCAAGGCUUAGUAGACUGUAUUCGAGCGAGUCUUCUAAUACCGUUGGGUAUCAGCGUUUUAACGUGUCAACGUAUGCCAAAAUGUUCUAUAGUAGAAACUGCUUUUUUGCUGUUAGUAACAGUGUCGACAGUCAACAUACUUACAUCCGUAAUAAAUGAUGCUCCUCUUCUACCAGAACAAACUGAUACAUCAAGCGGAGGAUCCGACGAAGGCUAUGCUGUCAACUCUGAGAACAAUCACAUAGUACUCGAUAGCCCGCAGUGUAUAAUAUUUGGCCUCUUUAUCAUAUGGUUUGCGAGUUUCACCAUCAAUUUAGGACCCACAUUUUUAAGUGGAGCUUUAUCGUCAGCAAGAGAAGGAGUAGGUCUUAUAGAUGCUUGCCCGAUGGUUUACGCUCCUGUCAGACACUAUGUUUUAAAUGUACUUUGGGUCACAGUUAAUGUUAUGUGUAUCCUCUUAACCGGAGUUCAUCUGAGAAAAUUAUAUCGAGAUUUAACAAAAUCAAAUUUGGAAGCUUUAAGAAUAGCAGGUUUGGUUACUACCAUGAUAUCUGUCAGAUCGGAGAGGGAUCUGUGUGAAUCUCAACAUAUCCAAAGCUAUAUAAACAGACUAGAGAAAGAAGGGAUCCGCAGAGUAAAGAUGUUUGUGGUUCUGUUGGUGGCUUACCUUUUAUUCUGGGGACCACUAUUCAUUGUUAUUCUGAUUCAACCUGGUGUCAAUGGUCCAUCUUCUUCGUAUGAAAUGUCCUUGCACGUUGCUUUUGCACACACGUUCGUCAAUCCGACACUACUGCUAGUCCUUCACAAGGAGCUAAGACACGCAUCGGCCAGCGUCAGCUGUUGUCAUUCUUUGUACGAGCCGGAGAUCGCAGAUAUAAGACUUGAGCCAAAUGCAGCUUGCAGACAAAACCGAAGUUAUAUAACGAAGGAGUCUAGCCCAAUCCGAAGUCUAGCUUUGAUACAGCAGGAACAGCAAGCUAUUGAUACAUGUGAGCUCUGAGUGUAUUGACAACUGCGUUGACGAUUCUUCAUCACUAUAACUACAUAAUCACAAACUGAAGUAAGAGAAGAUGAAGAGUUUAUGAAAUUGGUUGUUCAGCCAAUUUUCCUUCGUUAUAAUUCAUUACACGAUAUUCGUAUUCUGUACGUUUUAGAAAUAACAUGCGAAGAAUAAUUAUUCUAAACAAAGAUCCAAAAUUGAGAAAUAAAAUGAAAAGUAAAUCGAUGAAACUUCUCACAGCAAUGUUGGAAGAGGGACACUUACUUGGCAAUGCAUUCUGCAUUGCUCGUUAAAAUUAAAGGAUAUUGAUUGAAGUAAAAUUUUACUGUUACUUACUGAAAACUUAUUAAAAACUAUAUGUACAAAAGCAUUACUUAAUAUAAAUUACCAAGCGUUUCAGUAGAUUAAUCUUAAAAUAAUAAAUUUAAAGUUAUGGAUUUUUAAAAUGAUGGGAAAAUUAAUUUCCCUUUUUCGCAACAAAUCUUUCUAUAAUGGGGUGUAUGGUCACCUCUGACAGAAAUGCAAAACCUCACACCUUAAUUGCAUAGAUCUUACAGAAAUACUUAUCAAAUCUUGUGAAACUGAGUGCCAUUCUUAGGGAAGUGCAAUUUUCAAAUUCUGGAGUGUCAGGAAAGAAAUUAGUCUGCGGCAAUUUAGUGGCCUAAAGCAUCCCACUCAUGCUCAUUUGCGUUCAGAUCUGGUGAGUAAGCUACCAGUCUUUUCAAAUGAUAUCUUCAGUUUCGAAUUAGUCUGCCACCAGAACUGAUCGUCACGGACGAGUAUUGUCAUCGGCAGAACUUCUGAGUCAGUAGCAUACCUAAACAGCCUUAGAUAGGGUCUCAAUACCUCUCGUCCACAUAUCAGUUGACGGUUAUAGAUGGUCCCAUUCCUCUUGUCUCCAUUCAACACGAUAAUGACACUAGAUUAAACGGGCUCUAUUGGAAGAUGAAAUGAGUGUUAUCUGCAACCAACAUAAAUAUUUACACCACUGGGCAAAGGUUGAAUAUUUUAGUCAGUUAGCAUAUUUUUUCAGAUCAUCCUUUAAUUUUGACGAGCAGUCUUUGUUCUGCCAAAAACUUAAUGAAUAAUAAAAGUUCAUUCAAAAUAAGACUGUAUACUGUUGCAAGUAAACAAGUUAAUAAGAGUGGCUCUUGGCAGUAAAAUGCAAUAACGCAAAGAUACCGUGAAUGAAACAAAGAACUAUUCAA